AUCUGAUUGGCUGUUGACUUAUCAAAUACCUCACCUGGAGCAGUGGAUUCUUCCAAGCUUACCUUUUUUUACCUGGAAGUGGUGGAGUUUGCAGGUGACUCUUGAGCAGCCAUGUUUGGACUUGGGGCAAGCCUCCACUUUCCAGAAGCCGGGUCCUGGUGGCGAGACCCUCCACCUUUGACCUCGGCGGAUUCCCCGUGGGACGUGGCCGAAAUCUCAGCCUGGCAGAAGCAUUUGGAGGAACAGACCGCACUGAGUCCCUUGGAAGCCGAGACAAAGGAUCUUCUGCAGAAGGAGGAGGAUCCGGAGCUAGAAGCCAUCAAGGCAAAGGUUCGGGAGAUGGAGCAAGAAGAAUGGCUCCAGGAGCUGCAGACUAAGAGUCUCCUCCUGAGUUCGGAUCCAGGUAGACUUCCAUGUCUUCUUUUGCACAGGACAACCGAGGAGAAGGUGGAAGCUGACCAGCGCUCCAUCUACGUGGGGAACGUGGAUUACGGAGGAACAGCAGAACAGCUGGAGUCGCAUUUCAACAACUGCGGAAAGAUAAACCGUGUGACCAUCCUUUGUGACAAGUUCUCUGGCCAUCCGAAAGGAUAUGCCUACAUUGAGUUUGCAGACAAGAGCUCAGUCAAGGUAGCCAUGGAGCGGGAUGAGAGUGUAUUCCGGGACCGCGUCAUUAAGGUCUUGCCCAAAAGGACCAACAUGCCUGGCAUUAGCACGACUGACCGUGGCGGAUCCCGGGGUCAUUUCCAUGGACGGGGCGCCUUGCCACGCCGGGCUGGGUUCAAUGGAGCCCAACGUGCGAGGCCACGCGGAAGGGUCUACAGGGGUCGUGGAAGGCUCACUCCUUGGUACGCACCCUACUAGAUGGUAGAACUGAGAAGAUACGGGCGGUCCUUGGAAAAGAAUUAUGGAUAUGCGAGCCCACCGAAAUGACGAUGCUUCUUGUUCCUUGUGUGUCGUUUGGGUUGCAAUGUUGUGUUGUUCUUUUUUAAAAAGUGCAGAGGAUCCCGGCUUCUUCUUGGAUGCAACAACACAGAAAAGACCUUUGCAAGCGGACUGGUUUGUGGCUGCAAAUUCUGAGUUCCUUUGACGGCAGAUGGGAAACUAUAGUGCCUUUCUUCUUUAAUCCUUGUGACAUUGGGAUCUGGCUGGAAUAUGCCUGUUUUGUCUCCUUGGCGAACCAUGACUUGAUUCUGCCCAUUGAGGACAUAGGCAAGGAGUGUACUAAUAGGAUGGUGUUAUUGUUUUACGAUAUUUAAAUCACAUAGACAUGGCUGGGUCUAUUCCUUAGAUCAGGAAUGGGCAAAUCCAGGUCCGGGGGCCGGAUGUGGCACCUUGGGCUAUUUUCUCAGGGCCUCCUCGAUCUCAACAUCCUUUCCUUUCUUCCUUCUCUUUUUCCUCCCUCCCUUACCUUCCUUCUUUCUCCCUCCCUCCCUCCAUUCCUUUCCACCCUUUCAUCCUUCCUUCCUCCUCUUUCCU